AUGAACAAGGUCUUCCCCCAGGAAGGAGUCAAGAGCAACGCUGCUGGAACAAAAGCCCAUCCUGGAGGGGAAGCAGGCUGCAGCCCCCUCUGCUGCUCACGUCGUGCAGCCUGCCUCUCUGCCUCCGUGCUGCUGCUGCUGGCAAUUCUUGCGGCCCUCGUCGCCCUGGUCACCAUCCUUGGACUCCCACCACGCACACCAGGGGCCCAGGCCUGUGUGACACUGACGAACAGGACAGGCUUCUUGUGCCAUGACCGGAGGAGCUGCAUCCCAGCCAGCGGGGUCUGUGAUGGCAUCCGCACCUGCACCCACGGCGAGGAUGAGGAUGAGGGCUUGUGCCGAGAUGUGCCCCAGAGCCUCCCCAGCUUCCUUGUGGCCCACUGUGGAGACCCCGCCUCCUGGAUCUACUCGGACCAAAAGUGUGAUGGGACCAACAACUGCGGAGACUGCUCAGAUGAACUGAGCCCAGUGACUGUGUGCCCGCCCUGCGGCCCUGGGUGGUGGCGCUGCUCCUCGACUGUCUUCAAGUACUGUGGCUGCAUCCCGAGGAGUCUCUGCCAGGACCAUGUGCAGCACUGCUCCGACUGGUCUGAUGAGUACUCCUGUCCUGGACUCUGA